CGGGGAGAGACAGACAGCGCUAAUGACAGACAGCAGAUAGGGCGAGAGAAUAAAAAACAAGGGGAAAAGAUAAGCGGCUGCCAGAGCCUCGACAAUAAUUGCAAUAACGGAAUUGUCUCUCAGUGCCUAAAAGCUUGUUCUUGAAAAACGUAUCACCACAUUUGGCAAUGAGGACAUCUGUCGCCCGUGCAUACCAUUUGUUUUUGGAGGAUUCGGGGACGCAACUGAAUCGGGUUUUUACAGCUGAAAGGGUGUAAUUAAAGCUUGGAUAGAGGGAAAGGUUGGAAAUAGUGUGGAGAGGACGUUUUGGGCAGGACAUUUCACCAUAUCCAACGGAUACUUAAAACAAUGAUCUCAUCGUGUGAUAUUAAACAGAGGUUGAUUCCGUAGCCUACAAUUCCUAUUUCAAUCUAAUUCGUGGUGUUGGUUUUUUGAUUUUCCACUCAUCUUUUUCCGUGGUAAAGGAUGCCAGACCAGAUCUCGGUAUCCGAGUUCCUCUCGGAGACCACCGAGGACUACAAUUCCCCCACGACUUCCAGUUUCACCACCCGGUUGCAGAGCUGUAAGAACACCGUCAAUGUUCUGGAGGAGGCUUUGGAUCAAGACCGGACUGCUUUACAGAAGGUGAAGAAGUCUGUGAAAGCCAUCUACAACUCUGGUCAAGAUCACGUCCAGAAUGAAGGGAAUUAUGGCCAGGCACUGGACAAGUUUGGUAGCAACUUCAUCAGCAGGGACAACCCCGAUCUAGGAACCGCCUUUGUCAAGUUCUCCAGCCUCGUCAAGGACCUGUCCGCACUUCUGAAGAACCUGCUCCAGAGCUUGAGCCAUAAUGUGAUCUUCACCCUGGACUCUCUUCUCAAAGGGGACCUCAAAGGAGUUAAGGGGGACAUAAAGAAGCCGUUUGACAAGGCAUGGAAGGACUAUGAGGCUAAGUUCACCAAAAUUGAGAAAGAGAAGAGGGAGCAUGCUAAACAACAUGGGAUGAUUCGGACUGAGAUUACCGGAGCUGAGAUUGCAGAGGAGAUGGAGAAGGAGCGACGUCUCUUCCAGUUACAGAUGUGCGAGUACCUGAUCAAAGUGAAUGAGAUCAAAACUAAGAAGGGAGUUGACCUGCUCCAGAACCUCAUAAGGUACUACCAUGCACAGUGCAACUUUUUUCAGGAUGGAUUGAAAACCGCAGACAAGUUGAAGCAGUAUAUUGAGAAGCUUGCAGCUGACCUGUAUAACAUAAAGCAGACCCAGGAUGAGGAGAAGAAGCAGUUGACGGCUUUAAGAGAUCUCAUUAAAUCAUGUCUGCAGCUGGACCAAAAGGAGUCUAGGAGAGACUCUCAGAGCAAGCAGAGUGGAUACAAUAUGCACCAGCUACAGGGGAACAAGGACUUUGGCAGUGAGAAGAAGGGCAAUUUGAUGAAGAAAAGCGAUGGGUUACGGAAGGUGUGGCAACGGAGGAAAUGUUCUGUGAAGAGCGGCAUUCUCACUAUCGCACAUGCCACAUCUAACCGACAGCCGGUGAGACUGAACCUACUGACCUGCCAGGUCAAACCCAGUGGGGAGGACAAGAAGUGCUUUGACCUCAUCUCCCAUAAUCGCACAUAUCAUUUCCAGGCCGAAGAUGAACAGGAGUUUGUGAUCUGGAUAUCGGUGCUGACCAACAGUAAAGAGGAGGCACUGAACAAGGCGUUCCACGGGGAGCAGAGUACAGGAGGAGAGGACACCCUGGAGGACCUGACCAAAGCCAUCAUAGAAGACGUGCUACGGAUACCUGGCAACGAAAUCUGCUGUGACUGUGGUGCAGCUGAGCCAAAAUGGCUGUCUACUAAUCUCGGCAUCCUGACGUGUAUCGAGUGCUCUGGGAUCCACAGGGAGAUGGGUGUCCACAUCUCCCGCAUCCAGUCCAUGGAGCUAGACAAACUGGGGAGCUCCGAACUCUUGCUGGCUAAGAACAUAGGGAACAGUAGUUUCAAUGGCAUCAUGGAAGGCAAUAUUCCAUGUCCCUCGCCAAAGCCCACCCCAUCAAGUGACAUGACGGUGAGGAAGGAAUACAUCAACGCUAAAUACCUGGACCACAAAUUUGCCCACCAGACUGGCAAAGCCACGGUUCCAGGCAAGUUGUCGGAGGCGGUGCGCUCCCGAGAUCUGCUGUUACUUAUCCAAGUUUAUGCCGAGGGGGCGGAGCUUAUGGAGCCCCUGCCCGAGGCAGGAAAGGAGCCCGGUGAGACUGCCCUCCACUACUCUGUGAGGACUGCUGACCAGACCUCCCUGCAUCUAGUGGACUUCCUGGUGCAAAACAGUGGCAAUCUAGACAGGCAGACGGAGAAUGGAAACACUGCACUACACUACUGCUGUCUGUACAAAAAACAAGAAUGUUUGAAACUGCUACUGCGGGGCAAACCAGCCAUCGACAUCGCCAAUCAAAGUGGAGAGACAGCUCUGGACAUUGCAAGAAGGUUGCGAGAUACCCAGUGCGAGGAACCGCUGAUGGAGGCGGCAGAGGGGAAGUUUAACCCUCACGUCCAUGUGGAGUAUGAGUGGAACCUGCGACUGGAGGAAAUAGACGAGAGUGAUGAUGACCUUGAUGAUAAGCCAAGUCCUGUGAAAAAAGACCGCUCUCCGCAGCCCCAGAGCUUCGGCCACUCCUCCAGUAUGUCCUCCCCUCAGGACAAGCGGACACUCCCGGGGGGUUACACCCCUCACAGGGACAAACAGCGCCUAUCCUACGGGGCCUUUGCCAACCCAGUCUACAACACCUCCACAGACAUGUCUCCCUCACCAGGACCUGACGGGACUACACUACCCAGCAGGACUGCAGGGAAAGCACCCUCUACUGGCCCGCCUACCUCCCUUCCCCUGGGCUCCCAGACUGGAGGCAGCGGUGGCAUCUCCACCCUUAAGAAGAGACCCCCACCCCCUCCCCCCGGGCACAAGCGUACCCUCUCAGACCCCCCCAGCCCAGUCCUCCAGAGCACAGGUGGGACCGGUUGGGGAAGCGUGUCCACUCCCCCGCCUACAAACAGGACCUCACCUGGAAACCAGUUUGAGCAGCAGCAGAGCGCUACCGUUAGUAAUACAAAGUCAACACUUGGUCCAAGGGUUCUACCCAAACUACCUCAAAAAGUGGCACUACGGAAGAUCGACACUAUCCACCUCCCUUCAGUGGACAAGCUCUGCCAACCUCCGGAGGUUCUACAGAGGUCAACCUGCGCCCAAAUAGAGUCUUACCAAAAAUCUCCCCAGCCACUGCAGACCCCCGGAGACACCCCUCAGAGGGCUCCGUUGGCAGAAAAAACGCAGCUAAGUGAACUGCCUCCUAAGCCCCAGAUGUCAGAUCUUCCCCCCAAGCCCCAGCUCUCUGACCGACCCCCGAAACGACAACUGUCGAAUCUCCCGCCCAAACCGCAGCUCAAAGACCUCCCGCCCAAGCCUCAACUGAGCGACAUCCCUCCAAAGCCCCCUGUCAGUGAACGGCUCCCUCCGGGCGAGGCCGUGCAGACUGCGAUGGACAAGCAGUCUUGCAGUCAACAGGGGGAGCUAUCUCCCAGACAGGCCAGUGAGGACACCAAUGGAUCCCCGCCAUGUGCAGUGGAAAUGCCUGUGCCGCUGCCUCGGAAGAUCAACACUGGGAAGAGUAAAACGAGACGGGUGAAGACCAUUUACGACUGCCAGGCAGAUAACGAUGAUGAGCUGACCUUUGCAGAGGGAGAGGUUCUCAUCGUCACAGGAGAAGAGGACCCGGAGUGGUGGAUCGGGCACAUAGAAGGACAUCCCGAGAGGAAAGGGGUUUUCCCCAUGUCCUUUGUGCACAUUCUGUCCGACUGACAGCCGGAGAGACAGGUGUGAGGCCAUUCCUCUCAUCAAGCCCUUCCCUGGCCUCACAUCAGACUUUAGGCAGAAGUGAAACAAAUGCGAACAAAGAAUCCAACUCAGCCUCAUCGCAAUGAAGACUUAUUAUAUAUUAACUGUGAUAUCCUGCCUACCAGUAUUACUGUAGCAGCAACCCAGCGUGAAACUGGGUUUGCAGUAGCUUUCCUCAAUGUAUGCUGUAGCUGUAUUUUCAAUGACGGCCUAGGAACAGUGGGUUAACUGGCCUAGGAACAGUGGGUUCACUGGCCUAGGAACAGUGGGUUAACUGGAACAACAGAUUUGUACCUUGUCAGCUCGGGGGUUUGAACUCACAACCUUACGGUUACUAGUCCAACGCUCUAACCACUAGCCUACCUGUGUAUAUAGAUAAACAAAUCUAUGUAAGUGUGUCUUUGUACAUACAUAUGCACACCUAAGAGUGUAUAUUUCUGUAUGUAUAUACAAGUGUGCAUAUGUACAUUGACCCAGCUUGCUCAGAAAGGUAGGGCUAUCUUCUUGUUCCAACGGUCUACCAUUUUAGCUUGACUGUUUUAUGUCAUUAUCAUCUCUUGAAAGUAGUUCAUGAGAUUUGAUAAGGAGUUUGUUACUCAGAU